AUGGUGGGGGUAAACUAGGGGCAUUGAACAAAGGUUGACUGCGUUGGUCGAGGAUUCGGCGGCGCAUUCACGACUUAAACAUGGCAGCGGCUACCAGCGUUGUCGUACUCGACAGAGGCAACAAUACCACCUGCACGAUCAAUUUACACGGAGCUACUGUGGUAUCCUGGAGAGUAAAUAAUCAAGAACAACUGUUUGUCAGUAAGCAAGCGGUAUUCGAUGGGAAGAAAGCCAUUAGAGGAGGCAUUCCAUUCGUUUUUCCACAAUUUGGAGCAUGGACGUUUGGACCGCCUCAUGGUUUUGCUAGAAUCGUCCGUUGGAACGUAGAAAAGCCGCCUGAACGUUUGCCGAGCGGUGACGUCGAAGCAAUUUUCUCUAUUAUGGACAGCGAAUUCACCCGAUCAAUGUGGAAUUACCCAUUCAAAUUGACAUACAGACUGAUACUUCGGGAAAAGGAACUACAUUUUAACAUUGGCGUAUACAAUCCUAGUAAAGAUCAUACGUUUAGUUUUAAUUUAUUGCUGCAUACUUACUUUAAAGUGCCAGAUGUUAGGAGAUGUCAAAUUACCGGCCUUCAUGGAUGCACGUUUAUCGACAAGACAAGAGACAACCAAAUUUUUCAAGAAGGUCGCGACGUAGUGACCGUGUGCGAAUGGACAGACAGAAUUUAUCAGAACACGCAGCCAGAACACAUCAUUACUAACGUCGUAUCCGGUAGGAAAAUGCGAGUACAAAAGUACAAUUUUCCUGAUACAGUGGUUUGGAAUCCGUGGCAGGAAAAGGCUCGUGACAUACCAGAUUUCGGCGAUGACGAGUUUCCCAACAUGAUAUGCGUGGAAAGCGGACACGUCAGCAGCCCUGUUAUAUUACUUCCUGGAACAGCUUUCGAAGCUAGUCAAAUCUUACAGGUAAUGUGAGUAGAGGGUGGACCAACGCCGCACGUAGCAGCCGGAAAUAAUACGAAUUCGUUAUUUCCGGUUUCCUCUCCACCAGGUACCGUUUGGCCAACUAGUACCGGAUGGCUAUAUAUGCCACCACCUCCUCCACCACCGCCACCGCCACCUCCACCACCAUCAACACCUUCGACACAUCCAUCGCGCUUACAUGCUCACUGUAUCGCUCAAACUUGCACUAUAUGUUCUCUCAAUCUUUAAAAGGAAUAUUACGAAAAAUCAACUUUCACAUACUCCUUUCAUCUUUUGUUGCUUUUAUCCACUUCUCCCACGAUACUUUUACAGCAACAUCUACAAUAUUAAAUAUCACAUUAUAAUUCAUUUCAAUUAAAACCCUAUUCAUUUCAUUACAUCAAAUCAUAUGUUUCCAUGUCUUUUCUAUCGUCGCUCAAUAGUAUCGUUAUGCAACAUAAUUGGAUACAAGUGAAAUGCAAUUAUAAAAAUAUAUCGACGUACAUAUAAACAGAACAGAUAUAAGAAGUUAGUUAUUAAUAAAACUUGUUUCUUCCUAUUAUAUUAUUAUAAAUAUAUACUUAAAAUAAUAUGCUACGCAAAAAUAAUAGCUUCAAACUAUUGCAAAUUACUCUGCAAUUACUAUUCAACCUACGAAGGAAAGGUUACUUUUUAAAUUGUUGUUACAGCUAAACAGAGUAGCGUCAUGCUUGAAAUAUGAACUUUUAUUGGUUUUUAAUAAUAUUGAUGAUAUAUAGUGGGAAAACGUUCCUAUAUUGCUAUACAUUGUAUAUUGUAGUCUCGUGAAUCAAAAACAAAAAAUCAGUAACGUAUCUUCAAACUUAUUUGGCUAAUUUGACAAAAAAGCUCAAUGUUCGGACAAGCAAGACAGAAACAUUAUAUAAUUAAUGUGUUUAUCAGCUGUGAUUAAAAAAUAUAUAUACAUAUUUCUUUUCAUUUUCACUUUUUACUUAAACAAUAAAGACAUCUUUUCGCCUAAAUUAUACCAUAUGACAUUUUGUUGUUGUGUUUCUUUCAUAAAUUAAUGUAAUAAAGUUUUAGCGCAGAUAUUACAAUGUUCAUUGAUACUUAUAAAGUGAUGUCUCACAUUCUCUAAUAACUCCACUACUUUAUUUAGAAACAACAUUUUUAAUAUUCCCAACCAAUUUUCCAUUAGACAAUUUUUAUCUCAAAAACCCCAAAUGUUACUUGGCUAUAAAUGUAUUAUAUGUAUUUUUUAAACAUACUAAUACGAAACGUGUAAAAUGUACGUACAUUCUGAUAUUGGAGUUGUGCUGAUAUUUUAAAACAUUCCCGUAUUUACGUUCUUCUUCUUUUUUCUUCUCUUCAUUUUUUCUCUUUUCUUUUUUCUUCUUUUUCUCUUUUUAUUCUUUUUCUUUUUCUAAAGAAUCAUAAUUUUCUUCCCCUAUCGCGCUACUUUCAACUAUCUUAUGUACAAAAUUUUAUGUGUUUUCCAUACUCUCAAGUUUUAUUAUAUAUUUAGGAAACUUUGUAACGUGCAAUUUUGGAUACAUUAUUACAUUAUAGUUCUACUUCUAACGUAUUUCAAAGGUAUACGUAGUAAAUUCAAUUUAAUUGUAUUAACUCUGAGUGCACAACUCGUCUACAAAAUGAUACAUACAGUUAUGGUGCUAAUAUUACAAACACAAUGUUUUAAUAGUAUAUUAUUCCAAUAGUUAAGCUCAAUUAGCAUUUAUUAUUACUGUAAUUUUAACAGAGGGACAAAUUUUUGUCAAGUUUCCAAGUACACUAUGCACUUUAUAUUGUAUCGUAUGAACUGAGAAAGGCAUACGACAAUGAUAUGUCUUCGAAAUAGAUGUAAACAGGAUAUUUAUACCAUAUAAUAUUAAGCACUCUUAGUAUAAUAAAAACGACUCUAUAUAUGUAUUAAAUAUUUGUAAAAAUAUUACAAUAUCUAUGUUAUAUUCAGUAAUUAACUCUUUAGAAGCGAAAUCGAUUUUGAAAUAUAUCCUACAGGAAUACAAUUGUGUACAACACUAUCUACGGUUUGCUAUUAAGUCCUUAAUAUUUAUACUGUUAUUAAGAUUUACGAUGUAGAUAGGAUAUAUUAAUAAUUUAGUGCAAAACAUGAAUAAUAUGUCAAACAUAAAUAUACAGGGUGUCUUCCUGGCCAGAGUGUGACUGAAAUGGCAAGAGACAGAAAAAUAUUUCACAAAACAAAAUUGAAUAGCUUCGAAUGGUGCAUGACCUGCUGCUGUAUGUGUUCACUCUGGAAGAAGUGGAAAUAUCUUGGAAAUUUUAGGGUCAUCUCUGUUUCCUUGAAUAAAUGAGAUUAUACAUUCUUUUAUAUCAAUGUAUCUUUUUAUUCUUUAUUAAAAAAGAAAGAAAAGAAAAAAGACAAUAGGGCAAAAGUUGACUCGUUUACAAAAUACUUUAACUUUAUACAACUUAUCAUAUGAAAUACAAGGAAAGAAAUAUCACAGUGCUUUUGUACUUUCCAUGCAAUGAUUUUUACAAAAUCAAAGUUAAAAUAUUUUUUAAACUAAUUUCAGAAUUAUGGCUAAAUCCAGUUGCGUAUCCGGUAUGCAAUAUUAAAUGUACAUUGAUAAAUAACAUAAUUUGCAGCAUAUUCAAUUGUAUGCUAUAACACGUUACGGCCUCUGUGAUAGUUUUCGUAACUUAAUUACAUGUCUUAAGUAUUUUCUAGCGGAUAAAUAAGCGUUUUCACUGAAUAGAUAAGAUCUUUAAAAAAACUGUUGUUGUUUACACCCUUAUAUACCUGUUCGAAAUUAAUGACAUAAUAUUCAUUUAAAAACUUUAAUCGAAGGUCAUAAUUCUACUAGUAAUGUUUUGCAUUGGAUUAUUAAGAUAUUCUUAUAUAAGACACAAUCAAUAUGUUAAAAUUUAUAAUCGAGAUUCUAUUACAUUAAUACAGUCUUAAGUAUGAAUCUUAAUCUUAAUUAUGAAUGUAUUCUUUCGUCUAACUCGGUAAGAUAUGUAACUUUUGAUAUUUGAUUAAUUACAAUUUUUAUUCCCCUACAAACAUUACUAUGGACAAGCAAAUCGAUUCAUUAGUAUCCGAUUACAAAUAUGACUUGAAAAACUGGAUAAAAUUAAGCUUAUAUCUUAGAAAUUUAUCAGAUUUACACAGUUUUAUCAUUUUCUAAUAACUUCGGACAUUAUUCUUAACUCGUAUAACAAUAUUCCAUUUGUUAAAAGUUUUAUAAAAGAUAAUUCUGUAUUUACUUAUAAUUAGGUGUCAAGAAUCUUAUAAAAAUACCUAUUUAUCAAGCAGAAUAUGUGAUCCAUAUUUAAUUACUAAAAAAUAUUCAAGUUAAUAUUGUUUAAUGCUUAAUCAUUCCAUAUUUUCAUAUUGAAUUUUGGAAAGUUUAAAUAUUUAGGCGAAGAAAAUUCUCUCAUACGGUAGACAUAUUUUAGUUGCUGCAAAUUAGGAUAUUAAUAAUAGAUAAAUUCUACUAUUUGAUAUAUCGAUAAUAAUACAAUAUAAUUUUUGCUUCUACUAUACUACAUCUUUGUUUAAAUGUGUGUGAAGAAUAUUUCUUUUACUUAUUGUUAAAAACGCCGAACUAUUUGUAAAUCACAGUUCGUAUUUAUUUUACGAAACUUAUUUACAGAAAAAUUCAAUUAUUUGGUAAAAUAUGUUCUUUCCAGUAAAAUGGAGGCAACAUUAAGAUAAAAAAAGUAUUCCUAUAUUUAUGAUAUAUGUAUUGCUUAUAAUUGCAAAUUUAUAUACAUAUAUACUCAAAUUUAUUCGUUUUAUAUUACGUACAUUGAAAUUGAUCUAAAAUAGAAUGUAAUACAGCAUUUAUAUCAUUAUCAUUGUUUCAAAAAUCUUUCAUACAAAUUAAUUUUUAAUUCAAUUAUUUUCGUUCUUCGCUUAAUACAAAUGUAUCAGAUGAAAAUUUAUAGUUAUGCUUUGGAACAGAUAGUAUAAUUAAAUAAAUGCUCAAUAUAUAAUACGGUUCCUUAUAUAUGAAAAGUUUGAUAAUCUAUAAACGAUUAAUAAGAGAGGAAAUCCUCUGCUUGUAAAUGUAUUAGUGAGCUAACAAACACAAUUUAGUGGUAAACAAAAUACAAAUUUUGGAUUCUUUUAGUUUUUUUAGAAAUAAGUCGAAAAUGGUUUUUAAUUAUACUCUAUUUUAUAAGGAUUUUAGUCUUUAGAGGCUAUAUAACGUGCUUAUUGUACAACAUAUUAUCAUUUUCUUUUUUUUUUUAUAUAUCUUAUUAUUAAGAUUUUUAUCUUUCGGCAAACAUUACAUAUGAAUUAUUAGAAAAUUUCACAUUCUUUUAUCGCUGUUUCAUAUAUCCGUUUUAAAUAUUCCAAAUGUUUGUAAUUUACAUUAGGCUUUUCAAGUAAUAAAUAAAUAUGUUGAAUAUGUACUGUCUCUGGGAAAGUGCAAUAAAAUGUAGGUAAUGGUCAGUUAA